CCGCGCUUACCUACCAGGCCCAGCGGGGCCCGCCCCUCCUGCGCCCAGUCCAGCGCCCGCCAGACCGCCGCCUGCCGCUGCCCUGGACCCUGGCGUCCGGCUCCCCCCGUGCCAGGACCCCGCGUCGCGGACCCACGAUGGCCAAGCGCAGCUCGCUGUUCAUCCGCAUCGUGGAGGGGAAGAACCUGCCCGCCAAGGACAUCACGGGCAGCAGCGAUCCCUACUGCAUCGUGAAGGUGGACCACGAGCCCAUCAUAAGGACAGCCACUGUGUGGAAGACCCUGUGCCCCUUCUGGGGCGAGGAGUAUCAGGUGCACCUGCUGCCCACCUUCCACUCGGUGGCUUUCUACGUCAUGGACGAGGACGCCCUCAGCCGGGACGACGUCAUCGGGAAGGUCUGCCUUACCAGGGACACCCUGGCUACUCACCCUAAGGGUUUCAGUGGAUGGGCCCAUCUGACGGAGGUCGACCCUGAUGAGGAGGUGCAGGGCGAGAUCCACCUGCGGCUGGAAGUGGUGCUGGGGACCCGGGCCUGCCGGCUGCGCUGCUCUGUGCUGGAGGCCAGGGACCUAGCCCCCAAGGACCGGAAUGGUGCAUCUGACCCCUUUGUCCGAGUGCGCUACAACGGCCGGACGCAGGAGACCUCGAUCGUGAAGAAGUCACGCUACCCACGCUGGAAUGAGACGUUUGAAUUCGAGCUGGAAGAGGGGGCGGCGGAGGCGCUGUGUGUGGAGGCCUGGGACUGGGACCUUGUCAGCCGCAAUGACUUCCUGGGCAAAGUGGUGUUCAAUGUCCAGAGACUCCGGGCGGCCCAGAAGGAGGAGGGCUGGUUCCGGCUGCAGCCCGACCAGUCCAAGAGUCGGCGGGAAGAGGGCAACCUGGGCUCCUUGCAGCUGGAGGUGCGGCUGCGGGACGAGAUGGUGCUGCCCUCCGGCUGCUACCAGCCCCUGGUGCAGCUGCUCUGCCAUGAGGUGAAGCUGGGCACCCAGAGCCCAGGGCAGCUGAUCCUACUCAUCGAGGAGACGACAAGCACGGAAUGCCGCCAGGACGUGGCCACCACCCUGCUCAAGCUUUUCCUGGGGCAGGGACUGGCCAAAGACUUCCUGGACCUGCUCUUUCAGCUAGAGCUGGGUCGCACCAGUGAGGCCAACACCCUGUUUCGAAGCAAUUCUCUAGCCUCCAAGUCCAUGGAGUCUUUUCUGAAGGUGGCUGGAAUGCGGUAUCUGCACGGCGUCCUGGGCCCCAUCAUUGACAGGGUGUUUGAGGAGAAGAAGUACGUGGAGCUGGACCCCAGCAAGGUGGAGGUCAAAGAUGUAGGGUGCUCCGGGUUGCACCGCCCGCAGACCGAAGCUGAAGUGCUGGAGCAGAGCGCGCAGACGCUGCGCGUCCACUUGGGGGCGCUGUUGAGCUCGCUCAGUCGCUCGGUUCGCGCAUGCCCUGCCGUGGUCCGCGCCACCUUCCGCCAGCUCUUCCGGCGCGUGCGCGAGCGCUUCCCCAGCGCCCAGGACGAGAACGUGCCCUUCAUCGCCGUCACCAGCUUCCUGUGCCUGCGCUUCAUCUCUCCUGCCAUCAUGGCGCCCAAGCUCUUCCACCUGCGGGAGCGGCACGCGGACGCCCGCACCAGCCGCACCCUGCUCCUGCUGGCCAAGGCGGUCCAGAAUGUGGGCAACAUGGACACACCAGCUUCCAGGGCUAAGGAGGCUUGGAUGGAACCGCUGCAGCCCACGGUGCGCCAGGGCGUGGCCCAGCUGAAGGACUUCAUCACCAAGUUGGUAGACAUCCAGGAGAAAGAGGAGCUGGACCUGCAGCGGGCCCUGAGCUUGCAGGCGCCGCUGGUGAAGGAGGGGCCGCUCUUCAUACACAGGACCAAGGGCAAGGGCCCCCUCAUGUCUUCCUCCUUUAAGAAGCUCCACUUCUCCCUCACCACGGAGGCCCUUAGCUUUGCCAAGACACCCAGCUCCAAGAAAAGCACCCUCAUCAAGCUUGCCCACAUCCGGGCAGCAGAAAAGGUGGAGGAGAAGAGCUUCGGCAGCUCCCACGUCAUGCAGGUCAUCUACACGGACGACGCGGGCAGGUCCCAGACCGCCUACCUACAGUGCAAGUGUGUGAACGAGCUGAACCAGUGGCUGUCUGCACUGCGGAAGUUCAGCAUCAACAACACCGGCCUGCUAGGCUCCUACCACCCUGGAGUCUUCCGCGGGGACAAGUGGAGCUGCUGUCACCAGAGGGACAAGACAGAUCUGGGUUGCGACAAGACGCGGUCCCGGGUGACCCUGCAGGAGUGGAAUGACCCUCUCGACCAUGACCUGGAGGCUCAGCUCAUCUACCGGCACCUGCUGGGUGUAGAGGCCACGCUGCGGGAGAAGCACCGACAGCUGAGUGCGAGCCCAGAGGCAGGCCCUGUGCUCACGGGCCCCGGAGGAGGUAGGUGCUUCCCACCUGAGCCCCCUUUCGGGGAUGGUGGGUGGGGUCUCCCUCCCAGGGGCCCUCCGGCCUUCCAGACAGGCGCGACCCUACCUGCUCUGCCCUCAUCCUGCAUCUGCCUCCAGCCCCCGAGGACCCAGUGGCCCAGCUGCUCCAGGUACUGCAGGACCUCCGGGAGGCUCAUAGGUCCAGCCCAGCUGGCUCCCCCACCUUGGAGCCCAGCCGCGUCCUGGAGCUGCAGACAUGAGGCCGCCCCACACGACGCGCUGAGCCCCGCCAGGUGCUGGGAGACCCCCGUGCACUCUCAGCUUUUCACCUCGGUCCCUCUCGUUGGGGUGCACGGCCUGGGUCUCUCCUGGGCUGAGUGAGCUGGGGGAGCCAGGGGCCCAGGGGGUCCGGAAAUCCAGAGCUGAUACGGUUUUGGCCCGUCAUCACCCACCUGACAUCUCCAGGGGACUUCGGGGGUUCCUGCUUCUCUGUGAGGCCUGGCUGCUCCCUGCCAGCCCCACAGCCAUCACUGCCACUAGCCCAGACUCCCCAGGGUCCCUCCUCUCCUGCCCAGGGUGGACCCAGCUAGAAAGCCCCCUCUAGGGUGGUCCACACCCAGAUGGACUGAUGCUUCUUGGACCCAGAGAGGCAGGAGGGAACACGGGGCCCAGCACCCCCUUUGCUCCUGGCCACCACCACCCCUGCUCCCCUCAUGGCCACAGCUGUACUCCUGGGAGAGCAUCGCGACGCUCUGUUGCCGACAAUAAACCUGCUGUGACUGUGGA